UUUGUCUGCGUUACAGCGAGACGAAAGAUGGCGGAAGCUCCCCUGCAGCCUAGCCGGUUUUUCUGUCACCGAUGUUCGGCUGAGAUCAGCCCUCGCCUGCCGGACUACACUUGCCCACAGUGUGAGUCUGGCUUUAUUGAAGAGCUACCAGAGGACAGAAGUGCCGAAAAUGGGUCCACGUCCACCACUGCCUCUGCCAGCGAUCAAAACCAGCACCCUUUUCAGAAUUUGGACCAGCACUUGUUUACAUUCCCCCCGGGCUAUGGGCAGUUUGCUCUUGGGGUUUUCGAUGAGACCUUCGACUUUGGAACGGGAUUGCCCCCGGAGGACAACCGCGAUGCAGAAAACCGGCGGGAACGGGAGCUGGCAUCCCGGCAGCGCUACGGAGCCAGGCAGCCCAGAGCACGCCACAUGCCACGGAGGCAGGCGGGCAGGCCUGAAGGAGUGCCCACACUCGAGGGGAUUAUUCAGCAGUUAGUGAAUGGAAUUAUCGCGCCGACGGCAAUGCCGAAUAUUGCAGUGGGACCCUGGGGCAUGCUUCACUCGAACCCAAUGGACUAUGCAUGGGGAGCCAAUGGACUUGACGCCAUUAUUACACAGUUAUUAAAUCAAUUUGAGAAUACUGGGCCACCACCAGCAGACAGGGAGAAGAUCAAGAAUCUGCCCACUGUCCAAAUUACAGAAGAACACGUUGGCUCAGGUCUUGAAUGUCCAGUGUGUAAAGAAGAUUAUAGCUCAGGGGAACAUGUCAGGCAACUUCCAUGCAACCAUUUAUUUCACAAUGAUUGUAUAGUACCUUGGCUGGAACAGCACGACACAUGUCCAGUUUGCCGGAAAAGCCUAAGUGGACAGAACACAGCCACGAAUCCUCCAGGCCUGUCAGGGAUGAACUUCUCCUCCUCUACUUCCUCUUCCUCCUCCAAUUCACCAAGUAAUGAGAACGCCGCCAAUAAUUCGUAAAACUGCCCUGCGCAGUCAUCCGUAUAUAAUCCCCCGUUUUCUGGCCCGUUGAUCCAGCCUGAGAAAUCAAGAGAGCACUUCUUGUGACGAAGAACGGGUUAAAUUGAAUCCAUGCAGUUCUUUCCCUUUCUCUCCUGCUAAUAUGCCCCUUUUGCCAUGAACUGGAGAAGCCAUCCCUCCUCACCGCUUUCCACUGUCUGUGAAAUCAGGCCUGUGCUUUUCGGAAACGGCCCGGCCGCGCUGGAAGAACGGCACGGAGACAGGAAUUUGGACAGUCUGAUUUUGUGACGGACUGCUAGGGAACAAAAGUAAAACAAGCAUCACCCAAACACAGUUUACCGUACUUAGAGGAGACGUUUUUAUGCCCUUGCUCCUGGAGACUGAGGAGUAAACUUAUUUUAUGUGCAAAUGUAUAUGAGUUUUUUUUUUUAGUACUCCUUUGACUGUACAGGUACUUGUGGAAAGGGGAAAUAUGUGUACAUAUUCUUAUUUUUAAAUGAACACUUACUGUAUCUGUACAGUCAAAGGAAACAAUGGUAUAUUUGGGUUGGUUGGGGGGGGCUGAGUGUGUGCAUUUGAUUAAGGUUUUAAGUUUGCCAUUUUUUUCCGGAGAAUUUUCGUCUGAAUCGAGACGGAUUUUAUUAAGGUUACUGAAAUUAUGUAGACCAUGUUCAGAAACCCUUUAUUUGCUUUUUGGAUUGCAUGAUUUUACAUUAAUUUAUGAACAGAAUAGCACUUGGCAUCCUUUCAUUACAUUAUCAGCCUCGUGUUUUACAGUCCAAUAGAGUGUGUAACUCGGAUACAAGGAGCAAUGCCAAAAAAACUGCUAAUUUUUCAAAAACUUUUUAAACGCACUUAAGGUUUCUUCAACAUCCUAGACGGUCCCUAAAACUGUUUAGAAAAACCUAUUUUCAUUCAUUCACACACUCAGCAUUUUUCUUACAUAUUCAGUGAAUUUAGGGAAAAUUUUGGAAUU